UUUGCUUAUCACAUAAGUAAUAACUUCGUCCAUCGCAACUGCUUGACCAGGUUGACUGGCCCUGGGUGUGUUGUUGCUGUCGUAGUCGUGCGCCAGAUAGAACAAGGAAACGAUGUCGAUCCGCAACUUAACAACUGCAGCAAAAUUCCUGACCAAGGGGCUGCGACCUCAGGGAAGUGCGCUGGCUGGUGCGGGAUGUCGUUCUAUGUCCCACUACCCGAUCGAUGAGACGAUUUUUGGACUCACCGAAGAGCAGCAACAGUUACGUCAGACGGUAUUCAAUUUUGCGCAGAAAGAAUUGGCCCCCUUUGCUCAGGAAAUAGAUAAGCAAAAUGAAUUCAAGGACCUUCGCAAUUUCUGGAAGAAAAUGGGUGAUCUCGGACUACUUGGCCCAACCGUGAAGCCUGAAUACGGAGGUCUAGGUGGAACCUAUUUGGACCAUUGUGUCAUCAACGAGGAAAUUUCUCGCGCCUCCGGAGCCAUCUCGUUGUCUUACGGUGCACAUUCUAAUCUGUGCAUCAACCAAAUCCACCGAAACGGAACCGAAGAGCAGAAACAGCAAUACCUUCCCAAAUUGAUCUCCGGGGAGCACAUCGGAGCUUUGGCCAUGUCUGAAGCUGGAUCCGGCAGCGAUGUGGUUUCAAUGAAAACGAAAGCUGAGAAGAAGGGCGAUUACUACGUAUUGAAUGGAAGUAAGUUCUGGAUUACUAACGGACCAGAUGCCGAUACCUACAUCAUUUACGCCAAAACCGAUCUUAGUGCUAAGCCCCAGCAUGGAAUUUCGGCCUUCAUUGUCGAACGGGACAGCCCUGGAUUUUCGCGAGGUCCGAAACUGGAUAAACUUGGUAUUCGAGGUAGUGGAACGUGUGAACUAGUCUUCGAAGACGUCAAAGUCCCAGCGAAGAACAUGCUCGGUCAAUUGAACAAAGGAGUGUACGUAUUAAUGUCCGGUUUGGACUACGAAAGACUGGUGUUGGCCGCUGGUCCAGUCGGAUUGAUGCAAGCUGCCUGCGAUGUAGCCUUCGAGUAUGCUCAUAGUCGGAAGCAGUUCAACACUCGCAUCGGUGAGUUCCAGCUGCUCCAGGGUAAAAUGGCCGAUAUGUAUACUACGAUGAACGCUUGCCGUGCUUAUCUGUACUCGGUAGCCAGAUCUUGUGAUAUGGGAAAAGCCAACCCUAAGGAUUGCGCCGGCGUCAUCCUAUACUGCGCGGAGAAAGCCACCCAGGUCGCGCUGGAUGCGAUUCAGAUUUUGGGUGGAAAUGGUUACAUCAACGACUAUCCAACGGGACGCAUCAUGCGUGAUGCUAAAUUGUAUGAAAUUGGUGCCGGCACUUCAGAAGUUCGCCGAAUGAUUAUCGGCCGUGCCCUGAAUAAUGAAUACAAAUGAAUGACGAAUCACGCAAGUAAGACGACCAUCAGGUAAAUCAAACCUACGUAAAACGUAGAUCGUAACGAAUGUGCAUUUAUACAGAGCAGUGCCUUUAUAUUUUGUAUUGUAGUAAUAAAAGAUUUCUACAUGUUUUGACUAAUAAAUUGAUCCUAUUAUUAUCUAA